AUGGGAUUUGUACAGUCUCAUUAUGAUUACUCUCUUUUCACACAAAGGGUAGGUGGUGAUCUGAUAGUAAUCCUGGUAUAUGUUGAUGACCUUCUUGUUACUGGGAACAAUGUGGAGCUUAUUCAUCAAGUAAGGACAGAUUUGCAAGCUAAGUUCAAAAUGAAGGACUUGGGAGAAUUAAAAUUCUUUCUGGGAAUUGAGUUCUCCAGAUCUAAAGAAGGAAUCCUUAUGAAUCCAAGGAAAUAUGCUCUUGAUUUAGUGGCUGAGCUGGGAUUAGCUGGUGGAAAGCCUGUUGCUACACCUCUUGAGUUCAAUCAUAAACUCACCUUAGUAGCAUUUGAUAAAUUCAUGAACAAGGGAGAAGCCUCUACAGAUGCACAACUUGAGGACCCAGGUAGCUAUCAAAGAUUGGUAGGCAAAUUGCUAUACUUGACAAUGACAAGGCCAGACAUUGCCUUUGUUGUUCAAGUACUGAACCAACACAUGCAUGCUCUCAAGCAGUCACAUAUGGAAGCAAAUGCACGAGUGGUCAAGUAUGUCAAGGGAACUGCAGGAUUAGGACUGUUUAUGCCAGCAAAAGGUAACAAGGAACUAGUUGCCUACUGUGAUUCAGAUUGGGGUUCAUGUGUGGAGACAAAGAAGUCUAUCACUGGUUAUAUAGUUAAGUUUGGUGAAGCUUUAAUCUCUUGGAAAUCCAAAAAGCAAAGCACAGUUUCUAGGAGCUCUGCUGAAUCAGAAUUCAGAAGCAUGGCAGCUAUUGUUGCUGAAGUCACUUGGCUAGUUGGUUUGUUUGUAGAGCUAGGAAUUACAGUGAACACUCCUGUGCAGUUGUUAUGUGAUAGCAAAGCUGAUAUUUCAUGA